AACGUGUUUUUUCGGACAAAGCCACGCGCCUGCGUCACUUCUGCUGAAGCGCGUGAUUGUCACGUGACAGAUUGUUGCUACCGAAAUCAGCUGCACAUAAACACAUGAAGUAUGGUGUUAAGGACCUAAAUUCUGUUAUAACAGGACAAAGCCUGUCUGUGAUCCCCAAGUCACCUCGUUCAAGAUGAAUGCACUGGUGGCUCUGUGUCACUUCUGUGAGCUUCAUGGUCCUAGGACGUUGUUCUGCACAGAGGCUCUGCACCCCCCGUCCCCCUCUCCACCCUCUCAGCUCGGACUGGCACUGGGGGACCGGGAUGUGGACCGGGAAGGAGAGGGGUUGACCAUGAGGGCAAACUGCUCUGCCACACAGAGGGGAGAGAUGUGUGAGGGAUGUCGAUCUCUGCCUGCGUCUCACCCGGGUUUUGUGAGCAUCGAUGAUGAGACUGGGAUACGUUUCCUCAGUCAUCAGCAUCCACGACAGUCUCAGCUGUUUAGUGUGGUCCGACAGGCCUGUGUCCGCAGUCUCAGCUGUGAGGUGUGUCCGGGCCGAGAAGGGCCCAUUUUCUUUGGGGACGAGCAGCACGGCUUUGUGUUCUCACACACAUUCUUCAUCAAAGACAGUCUGGCCAGAGGCUUUCAGCGCUGGUAUAGCAUUGUGAUGGUGGCUAUGGACAGAAUCUACCUCAUUAACUCCUGGCCCUUUCUGUUACGACACCUCAGACUCACAAUCCAAAGUCUGCAAAGCACAGCUCUCAAGGUGUUUGACAGUGAGCAGGGAGUGUGUCCACAGCGUGCGGCUAGAAUAAAUAGCGUAUUUUCACCAGUUUUCCCUCAUCAAAGGAGUGGUAAUGCUGCCCGCUCCCUCACCUCCCUCACACAGCACCCAAACCUGUGGGCCAGUCUGCACUCCUCUUUCAGCUGGCUGCUGAAGGCCUGUGGGAGUCGCCUGACAGAGAAGUUACUGGAGGGAGCGCCCACUGAGGACACACUCGUUCUUAUAGAAAAACAGACAGAGCAAGAAGAGGAAAUGAACUGCAGGGAAGGAGCUGAAGGAGGAUCAAAAUCACAGAGACACCAGACUGAAGCCAUGACUGUGCUGGAUCUUUUUUCUGAUGAAGCAAAGUUAGAAGAAAUACCAGGUCCAAAAUUCAGGUCUCUGAGGCAUUUGAGACAGGUUCUUGGAGCUGCAGAGUUCCGUAUUCUUGCCUGGCAUGUGCUGAUGGGAAACCAAGUCAUCUGGAGAAGUGCAGAUCCUGGGCUCAUUCAGUCAUCCUUCAUUGUGUUAAAGUCUUUGCUCCCCGUUGGGUGCGUCCGGUCCAUACCAUACAGUGGACAGUACGAAGAGGCCUACAAAUGCAACUUUCUGGGUUUAAGUCCAGAUGUCCAAAUUCCAGUCCAUGUGAGCUCGUCAGAGUUUUCUGUUCUGGUGGAUGUCUCAUCUGACAGAAAUCGACAGAGUUCAGCUGUGAGCGAGGACAGUGUUUCCUCCUGGUUCCAGUUCAACAUCAGCAGCGCAAACACACAGCCCACAGACAGAGGCCCAACUUUGUUAAAUAAGUUAGAAGUUGCUUUAUCCAAUGAAAACCUGUCCAUGGAUGUCGUGUCCCACUGUCUUUUAUGUCUGAAGGAGGAGUGGAUGAAUAAAGUGAAAGUGCUGUUUAAGUUCUCCAAAGUGGAUGGACGGGGGAGGGAGGAUACGCAGAAGGUCCUGACCCUGCUUGGUGCCACGGGGCCAGGAGAGGAGGACAACAUACGCCUCCUAAAGUUCUGGAUGACUGGACUGAGCAAAACAUACAAGACCCAUUUAAUGAGUGCGGUCCGAGGAGGAGAGAGGAGCCCCAGCCAAUGACAAAGCCUAAAGAGAACUCCACAUGGGACGCAGAAAAGGGAAGGCAGGGGUUUUUUAUUAGGCAUUAUAAGGGUCUGAAGUCUGAAUUCAACUGUUCAUCUAUUAUACGGUUUCUAAGCUUUUUCUAUGUAAAUGACUUCACUGACACUGACAAACAUCUUUAACAAUAUUUUUAACAUUUUUAUGUCAAAGAAGGAUAUUUUAAAUUUAACCUAUUGCCAGGUUUUAGUUUUAAAGUGGGAAUAUGUAACUUUUCUGGUGUGUGUGUGUGUUUGGGUAAACCACUUGCUUGUCUCCAUAGAGAUGUUACUGCUUUCACUUGGAAUGUGUCACAGUAUGGCAUUGUAUAAUAUAAUUGUAUAAUAAUUCCUUGAAAUGGUGGCAUUAUCUGUGUGUUUCCAUGGAGAUAGAUAAGUUAAAUUACAUAUUGUGGAAGAUUUCAAGCAACACCAUAACAUCUCCAUGGAUACACAAGCAGGUGGCAGCCCCCUGAAAAGGUAAAGUUACAUAGUGCACCUUUAACCGCACCAUCCAACAUGGUAUUGGUAUUUUUGUUGUUUCUGUUGUAUUAUUUGUACAAGAACCUUCAUAGAGUGGCACAAUGUUGAAUUAUUUUUAUGUCAAGAAUUCUAUUUUAAAUUUAACUUAUUACAGGGUUUAAAAUUUAACU